AUGGGUCUCUUAACGGCGACUCUGGGAAUUCUAUUCCUAGUAUCCACUGUCUGGUCAGCGGAUGAACCGAAGGGACCGAAAGUUACCCACAAGGUAAAAUUUGACAUCAGCAUUGGUGGUGAACCGAUUGGAACUAUUGCGAUUGGUUUGUUUGGCAAAACAGUUCCCAAGACUGUAGAGAAUUUCUACCAACUGGCUCAAAAGCCUGAGGGUCAAGGCUACAAAGGCAGCAAAUUCCACAGGGUCAUCGAAAACUUCAUGAUUCAAGGCGGUGACUUCACCAAGGGAGAUGGAACUGGCGGCAUGAGCAUUUAUGGCGAGAGGUUUGAGGAUGAAAACUUCAAGCUCCGUCACUAUGGUGCCGGAUGGUUGUCGAUGGCCAAUGCCGGUAAGGACACCAACGGCUCUCAGUUCUUCAUCACCACCACCAAAACACCUUGGUUAGACGGCAGACAUGUUGUCUUCGGAAAAAUUCUUGAAGGAAUGGAUGUAGUGCGUAAGAUUGAAAAGACAGUAACCGGAGCUAAUGAUCGUCCAGUUAAAGAUGUUGUGAUAACAAACUCAUCAGGGGAAGUUGUACCAGAACCUUUUGCUGUGUCAAAAGAAAGUGCUCAAUAA